UCAGGCUGUGCUUCAAUUAGAAUGAAAUUAACACAUAUCAAAAACUGCCAAUAGCGCAACCAAAUUAAUAUGUAGUGCAGGGUUUAUUCUUAGUUUAGUGCAAACCAAAUUCGUUAAAUAAAAAUAGAAGAUCUAUAUGAAAAAUGCCAUUUCAAGGUGAACAGCCAAUACCUGCGUCCAUAGAAGCGCUAGGAUAUCGAUGGAUAAAGCGAAUAAGUGAAGGGGCAUUUUCUAAGGUACAUCUUAUUGAAUAUCACAACCGAGCAAACAAUUGUUUCGAAACGUUGGCUUGUAAACUGAUUGAUACAAAUAAAUGUAGUGAAAAGUUUCGAAAACGAUUUCUCCCAAGGGAAUUAACGAUACUGCUCCAUAUCCGUCAUCCAUACAUCAUCCGCAUAAAUGCGAUUAUCAAGUGUCGCAACAAAAUUUGCAUCUUCAUGCGCUACGCCGAAAUGGGUGACAUGUUAUCUUUCGUGAUUGAUCACGGACCACUAAGAGAGACCCAGACACGCAUCUGGUGUCGACAACUUGCUUGGCAGUUCAAUAUCUACACGAAUCAGGCAUUGCCCACAGGGAUCUGAAAUGCGAAAACAUUCUAUUGUCAGCAAAUU